CGAUCAGCUGCUGCGGAGCAGAGGAAGAGGAAGGGGCGGAGCUGCUUUGCGGCUGGCCGCGGAUCAGUCAGCCGACUACAGCAAAGGGUAACUGGCUGUCCCUGGCGCCACCGGGGGUCCCCAGGGCCUGCCAAGGCCUGGGCCAGUGGGGACCGGACAGGCGAACCAGCCCCGUCUAGGAAGUCCAGCAAUGGGCCGCCACGGAGUGUCACCCCGUCAAAGUCACCCCGGGUCCGACAGGGCCUCAGGGACCCCCAACCCGCGACUCUUUUGGAUGGGUCUGGGCCUCGUGCUGGUGCUGGCUCUUCCUGACUCAUUGGUGCUCUGGACCCCAGCCGUGGCCCACCCUCUGCCUGCACACGGCCAUUCUGCCUGGUUCAAUCGUGUUGUGCCCCAGCUCAAGGUUGCCUUUGGGUGGUGGAACCUCACCUGCCCAGCCUGCAAAGUUCUAUUCACCACCAUCAACUUCGGGCUGAAGAAGGAGCCCAAUGUGGCCCGUGUGGGCUCUGUGGCCAUCAAACUGUGUGAGCUGCUGAAGAUCGCACCACCUGCUGUGUGUCAGUCGGCUGUCCGGCUCUUCGAAGAUGACAUGGUGGAGGUGUGGACACACUCAGUGCUGAGCCCAUCUGAGGUCUGUGGCCUGCUCCUGGGCCCCAACUGUGGGCACUGGGACAUCUUCUCCUCUUGGAACAUCUCUUUGCCAGCUGUGCCAAAGCCACCCCCCAAGCCGCCCAGCCCACCAGCCCCAGGUGCCCCUGUCAGCCGUGUCCUCUUCCUCACGGACCUGCACUGGGAUCAUGACUACCAGGAGGGUACUGACCCUAACUGUGCAGACCCUCUGUGUUGCCGCCGGGGUUCUGGCCCGCCACCCACCUCCCAGCCAGGUGCUGGCUACUGGGGCGAGUACAGCAAGUGUGACCUGCCCCUGCGGACUCUGGAGAGCAUGCUGAGAGGGCUGGGCCCAGCCGGCCCUUUUGACAUGGUGUACUGGACAGGAGACAUCCCUGCCCAUGACAUCUGGCACCAGUCUCGUCAGGACCAGCUGCGGGCCCUGAACACCAUCACAGCCCUCGUGAAGAAGUUCUUGGGACCAGUGCCAGUGUACCCUGCUGUGGGCAACCAUGAGAGCACGCCUGUCAAUGGCUUCCCUCCCCCCUUCAUAGAGGGCAACCACUCCUCCCGCUGGCUCUAUGAGGCCAUGGCCCAGGCGUGGGAGUCCUGGCUGCCUCCUGAGGCCCUGCGCACCCUCAGAAUCGGGGGGUUCUAUGCCCUUUCCCCCCGCCCUGGCCUCCGCCUCAUCUCUCUCAAUAUGAAUUUUUGUUCCCGUGAGAACUUCUGGCUCUUGAUCAACUCCACAGAUCCGGCUGGACAGCUCCAGUGGCUGGUGGGAGAGCUCCAGGCUGCUGAGGAUCGAGGGGACAAAGUACAUAUAAUUGGCCACAUUCCACCAGGUCACUGCCUGAAGAGCUGGAGCUGGAAUUAUUACCGAAUAGUAGCCAGGUAUGAGAACACGCUGGCUGGUCAGUUCUUUGGCCACACUCAUGUGGAUGAGUUCGAGGUCUUCUAUGAUGAGGAGACCCUGAGCCGGCCGCUGGGGGUAGCCUUCGUGGCACCCAGUGCCACCACCUACAUCAGCCUUAAUCCUGGUUACCGCGUCUAUGAGAUAGAUGGAAACUACCCCAAGAGCUCUCACGUGGUCCUGGACCAUGAGACCUACAUUCUGAACCUGACUGAGGCGAAUGCGCCUGGAGCCACCCCGCGCUGGCAGCGCCUCUACAGAGCACGAGAAACCUAUGGACUGCCCAACGCACUGCCUGCUGCCUGGCACGACCUGGUGUACCGCAUGCGAAACGACACGGGACUCUUCCGGACCUUCUGGUUUCUCUACCACAAAGGCCACCCGCCCACGGAGCCCUGCGGCGCGCCCUGCCGUCUCGCCACUCUGUGCGCUCAGCUGUCCGCCCGCUCCGACAGCCCUGCUCUCUGCCGCCACCUGCUGCCGGAAGGGAGACUCGCGGACCUCCAGAGCCUGAAGCCUCGGCCGCUGUUUUGUUAGGACCUGAGGGUCCGGAGUUGGUAACACCGUGUUUUAAGAAAGACUGGGUCUUUCAGAGAGGAGCUAAGGAACCAGAGCACCCCUGUGGGUCACCCUGGCAAGAAUGCCCAGUGAAAGAGCCCAUGUCUGGGCCCCACGUGCGCUGGAGGACACAGGACCUUUGGCUGGAGCUGGUUCAGCUGGAUGUAGGUGGGGGUUUGACUGCUCUGCCUGACCCCAUCAUCGAGACUGCGCUGGCAGCUGUCCUUCAGUGGCCAUGGAGAUGAGGCCUCACUUGACACUGCCCUAGGCUAACCACACAGGAGCUGUCCCCCAGGCCUGGGCUGCCCAGCCAGGAACCCUGUAUUGCUGCUGCUAGCUGAUCUCGCCAGCCUGUUAAAAUAAAAAAAACUUGACUCCAGA